UCUCAGGCUUCUCUCUGCUCGUACAAAGGCAGGAGGCAGUGUAGUCGACCCGGCACCAUCAUCUGUUGGUCGCCAUAUUGAACAGUUCCUGUUUAUCAGUGACUUGAGAAGAUGUUUCGUAUAUUUAAGUGCCUAAAAAAGAGCAUUUCAGUGUUAUAGGAAGAAGGAAGAAGGACCAACGAAGGACAAAGAGCAUGUGUCGUCAUAAUAUUGACAUUUACGUACAUUUCUUCAAAGAUGAUGUGGAAGUGUUGUGUUCCGCAAUGUAAGUCCACAUCUCAAAUACCAGUACAUCGCUUCCUAGAGGAUGCAUCGAAAAGGAAACAUUGGCUAAUAGCUAUAAGCAAAACUGAUUUGAUCAGUGCGCCUAAAGAAACAUUGGCCAAAUUGAGAAUCUGUACGGAACAUUUUCCAGAAAAUAUAGUACAGUCUUAUAGGUCUAGGCGACGCCUAACCAAUAAUGCUGUACCAACAUUACAUUUGCCUUUAAAUUUUGAACAGCAUGUUGAUAUUAACGUUAACGAUAAUAUUUGUGAGCAUGUUAGUGUAGUAGAAAAUGUUCCGAACAAUUCUGCGCUUGUACCACUGCCCAUAAACAUGGGUGAAGAGACAGCAAGAAAAAAUGAAGAAGAAGAAAUUUAUGUUUUAAGAAAAAACAUGAGGACACAACGGAAGAUGUUACACAAGAGAGAUGUUACUAAGAAGAGGAUUAUUUAUCACUAGAUCAGAGGAUCAACAGACUGCGGUGUGGGAAUACAUGAGAUGACAUCAUGAAGGACAUGUCAAAUAUACAGAAGACAUUCUUCCAAAUGUUGACGAUAAAUUUAAAAUGUUUUCCACAGUUCAGCAACGUCCGAGUACAGCUCCAGAUGGCGCUUGGCACUCGUUUUUCAAGAGAGGAAUCUGUACCCCCUGGAGCGUCGCUACUGCUUAUACAUAUAUUGUGGCUGCAGUGUACUUGGCCACAUUUUCGCAGCACUAGUUCCACGUGCGUAGUACCACAUCACGUAGUCACGUCGUAUACGAAGAUUUUAAUAUAAGAUUAUGUGGCACAAGAAUAAUUAACUUCAGAUCACUUAAAAUGAGUAUUCUGAGGUUUUAUAAGGCACCCGGACUAAAGGUGGGCCAGCUGAAAAAUAAGCUGCACAAAGUGCUACAAAUUGAGGCUUCAGUGAUCAGUCUUGAAUCUGAAUUAUGUUACUAUGUGGAAACAGAGCCGCUUGAAAAAGAGGAACUUCAUAUAUUAAAAUGGAUUUUAGCACCUUCUUUUGAACAAGAAUCCUUACGAACUUACAGUGAGUUUAAUGAAACUGAAGAUUAUUCUGUCAUUGAGAUUGGACCCAGGUUGAAUUUCUCAACAGCAUUUUGUAGCAAUGUUGUUUCUAUAUGUAAAUCUGUCAAACUAAGCAAAGUAAAAAGAAUAGAGGUAGCGAUUCGAUAUAACAUCAAGUGGACAAAAGGAUUUAAUAAAGAAACUGAAAAAGCCAUUGUUGAUAUUUUGGGAGAUAGAAUGACAGAAUGUAGGUACGAGAAACCUAUAAAAACAUUUGAUCAUGGCUUUAAGCCAGAUAAAUGGUUUGAAGUUGAUAUAAUGAAAAGAGGUAGGACAGCUUUGGAAGAAGUUAAUACAAAAUUGGGCUUAGCAUUUGAUGAUUGGGACUUAGACUUUUAUACGGAAUUGUUUCGAUCGAAAAUGAAACGUAAUCCAACUAGUGUGGAAUGUUUUGAUCUUGCUCAAUCAAAUAGUGAGCAUAGUCGUCAUUGGUUCUUUAAAGGACGGAUCGUUUUGGAUGGUAUUGAGAAACAACAAUCUUUGAUCGAUAUGAUCAUAGAUACACAGAAUUAUUCGAAUCCGAACAAUGUGAUUAAAUUCAGCGAUAACAGCAGUGCGAUUGAUGGAUUUCAAGUUGCCGUCCUACGUCCUACCAAAACUUACGAAAGCAGUAAUUUUCAUUUACAAGAUAUCAAGCAACAUCUUAUUUUUACAGCAGAAACGCAUAACUUCCCAACUGGUGUAGCACCUUUCAGUGGUGCUACGACGGGUACUGGAGGUCGAUUAAGGGACAUCGAAGGAAUUGGAAGAGGUGGAAAUUAUAUUGCUGGUACUGCAGGAUACAGUGUGGGUAACUUAAAUAUUCCAGGUUAUGAUUUACCAUGGGAAGAAAAAAAUGCGAUUUAUGCUAGCAAUAUGGCAUCACCGUUAGAGAUAAUAAUUGAAGCAAGUAAUGGAGCUUCCGAUUAUGGAAAUAAAUUUGGAGAACCACUUAUAUUAGGCUUUAUGCGUACUUAUGGAGCGACGGAUAACGCCGGAAUAAGACGGGAAUGGAUCAAGCCUAUAAUGUUCAGCGGAGGGGUAGGCACUAUAGAUGCGAAUUUGGCUAAUAAGAUUCCAGCAGACCGAGGUAUGCGAGUGGUUAAAAUUGGAGGACCGAUUUAUCGCAUUGGUGUAGGUGGCGGAUCAGCGAGUUCUGUAGAAAUUCAAGGUGACAACAGUGUGGAAUUAGAUUUUGGUGCUGUACAACGUGGCGAUCCUGAGAUGGAGCAGAAAUUGAAUCGUAUGGUACGAGCGUGUGUGGAGAUGGGCGAUAACAAUCCAAUUCUCAGUAUACAUGAUCAGGGCGCUGGUGGCAAUGGUAAUGUCCUCAAAGAAUUGGUAGAACCCGCUGGUGCUGUGAUCUUUACGAAAUGUUUUGACCUUGGUGACCCCACUAUUAACUCUUUGGAGCUGUGGGGUGCAGAAUAUCAAGAAAGUAAUGCAAUAUUGUGCAAGCCUGAAGAUAGUAAUUUGUUAAUGAAAAUCGCUGCACGUGAAAAGUGUCCUAUCAAUUUCGUCGGUACAGUCACUGGAAAUGGAAAAAUUAUCGUUUCCGAGGAGGAAGAUUGUGACACUUCUAAAUAUCUCAACAAUGAAGACAGAAGUAUAGGAAACACCAUAAAGUAUCCUGUGAAUUUGGAAUUGGAACUUAUUCUUGGAAAUAUGCCUCGUAAAGUUUUCAACCUGCAAAAAGAAUUGUCGUAUAGGUCAUUAAUGAGGUUACCUGAGGGAUUAACUGUGUCUAGUGCUUUAGACAGAGUUCUUCGAUUACCUUCGGUGGCUAGUAAACGGUACCUGACCAACAAAGUGGACCGUUGUGUGACAGGCCUGGUGGCUCAACAGCAAUGCGUCGGUCCGCUACAUACUCCAUUAGCGGAUGUUGCUGUCACAGCCAUUUCGUAUUUUUCCGUAAAAGGUAUUGCGACUUCUAUCGGCGAACAACCUAUAAAAGGACUGGUAAAUGCAGCGGCUGGUGCUCGGAUGACAGUAGCUGAGGCUGUCAGUAAUUUAGUGUUUGCACGAAUCUCCAGUUUACAAGACGUCAAGUGCAGCGGUAACUGGAUGUGGCCAGCUAAGCUGCCUGGUGAAGGUGCAGCACUUUAUGAAGCUUGUACGGCGAUGUGUUCGUUGAUGAAAGAACUCGGUAUUGCAAUUGACGGCGGUAAGGAUUCGUUGAGUAUGGCUGCCCGAGUUGACCAAGAAAUUGUUAAAGCACCUGGUACGCUCGUUGUAUCUUGCUACGCACCCUGUCCUGAUAUUCGCUGUGUCGUUACUCCGGAUUUGAAAGCUCCUGCAGCGGGACGGCAAGGCUAUCUAUUUUUCGUCGAUUUGUCCUGCGACAAAAGUCGACUUGGUGGAACAGCAUUGUCUCAAGUUUAUAAUCAAUUAGGCGAUGACGUACCAGAUGUUGAAAGCGCUCGAACUCUUAAGAAUGCCUUCGAUGCCACACAGCUGUUAAUUGCCAAUGACAAGAUACUCGCUGGCCAUGAUGUAAGCGAUGGUGGGCUGAUCACUUGUUUGUUAGAAAUGUGCUUCGGUGGGAUGUCCGGGAUAAAUGUUAACAUAAGUCACAGAUCUGCACCCGAUGUUGAUAUUCUAUUCUCUGAAGAAGUUGGGUGGAUAUUAGAAGUAGAUGAAAUACAUCAUGAUGAAACAAUAAAAGUGUUUCAACUACAUGAUGUGCCUAUUUACUUGAUUGGAAAAUCCGUGGGCUUUGGAACGAGCUCGCAAGUACUUGUUAAAGUGCGCAAUCAGACCGUGUUGAAUACUACAGUUAUUAAUUCAAUGAAUAUUUGGGAAGAAACGAGUUAUCAAUUGGAACGUAAUCAAAUGAAUGUCGACUGUGCUUUGGAAGAAUUUGUUGGGCUUCGAGAACGAACAGUUCCUGCCUAUCAUCUUAGUUUUAAUCCCACUAAUAUUUAUCAUGACUUCACGAUAUCUCCAAUAUCAAAAUGCAUUAAAGUGGCCGUAAUUCGAGAAGAGGGUAUUAAUGGAGAUAGAGAGAUGACUGCAUCAUUACUAGAAGCUGGCUUUGAUGUUUGGGAUGUUACAAUGCAAGAUCUUUUACAGAAACAUAUUACUCUGGAUAUCUUCCGGGGCGUUAUAUUUCCCGGUGGCUUUAGUUAUGCGGACGUUUGUGGCUCUGCCAAAGGAUGGGCGGCGAGUCUCAUUUUCCAUCCAUCUCUGCGCGACCAGUUACGACAUUUUAUAACUCGUGAAAAUACUUUCAGUUUGGGAGUUUGCAAUGGUUGUCAGCUAAUGAGCCUACUAGGGUGGGUUGGCAAUGAAUUUGCAGAAGAAAGAGCUAUUUAUUUAGAUCACAAUCUUUCUGAAAGAUUUGAGUGUCGAUGGAGCACCGUCAAAAUCGAGAGUUCUCCCGCAAUUAUGCUAAAAGCAAUGGAGGGCAGUGUAUUAGGGAUAUGGAUAGCCCAUGGAGAGGGUAGAUUCACAUUCCGCAACAAGAAGAUUUUGAAAAGUCUAGAAAGAAAUAAUUGCUUGCCGCUUAGAUAUACUGAUGAUUGUGGCCAUCCUACUACUUGCUAUCCCAUGAAUCCUAACGGUAGCAUAAAUGGUAUCGCCGCUGUAUGCUCUAAAGAUGGUCGACAUUUAGCGAUGAUGCCGCACCCAGAAAGAUGCACGCGAAUGUGGCAAUGGCCUUGGAAACCAUCCGAAUGGAACUUUGAAGUCUCACCAUGGCAGCGUCUUUUUGAUAAUGCUUUUACUUGGUGUCAAGAACACAAUUAA